AAGGUACUUGAAAAAGCACUAAACACCCACUUGGAGCUUUUUGAUCAGUUUAUAAUCAAACACUAGGGCAUUUGUUUUAAGUCUCUCUAAACAGAUUACGCCAUGAAUCAAAUCUUCAUCACAAUUACUAUCGUCAUCUGCCGUGCCACUCUCACGAAAGCUUUCAACUCUACAAACUCCACCAACUCCAGUCUCCAAACAAACAGCACCAGCAACAACACAACACCGCUCACAAAACUGUAUGUUGGAGCGUUUUUUGACCUCACAGAGAAAGACGGCUAUGGAGCUUUACCCAUGGCAGUCCAGGCUAUAGAGGAAAUCAAUAACAACCCAAGUGUGUUGCCAGGAUACCAACUUGAGUUGGUUGUCAAAUCAACACAGGGAAGUUUUGGAAUUGGCCAGAAAGCUUUCAAUGAAUUCCUCAACACAGGACCGACAAAAAUCAUGUUACUAGGACCAGGGGAAGAUUCCUUGGCCAAAUCUAUAGCUGCAUAUUCUGGAAUAGCGGAUAUCAACCUCCUCCAGUUUUCUGAUGGAACGAGUGAUCUGGAGCUUGAAAACAGAAGAGACUUGUACCCAAACUUUUUUCGAACAAAGACAUCUCCCACUUCACUAAAUUUACCAAGAAAGGAAUUUAUCAAGGAGUAUGGAUGGGACGAAGUCGGGAUUAUCUAUGGAGACAGCGAGAGAUAUUUCCAGCUUUCCAAUCAACUAGCAGGCCAAUUGAAGCAAAGCAACAUCAAAGUAGUCGCAGAAGUAAGAUUACAAGCCAACGAUCCAACACGGGCUAUAAGAACAAUGAAGGAUAGAGGAAUUCAUGUUAUUCUUGGCAUGUUUUCGCUUGAUUCUACCGCACGAAAAAUGUUUUGCGAGGCUCAUCAUGCUCACAUGUACGGUCCACACUAUGUCUGGAUUCUCACAGACAGCAAAAAUAACAACUGGUGGAUACCAAAACAAGGAGAAAACAUCGCUUGCUCGGACUUGGAAAUGAAAUGUCAGAUACAGAACCACUUCUCAUUCUAUCAUACUAACGUGGUCUCAUUGCAAAAGACCUUUUAUAAAUAUGCUAACAAGAACAAGAGUCAAAUAAUCGAAGAUUAUCGUGCAAGAGUGGACAACUUUAACGACACAUCAAAUCGAAGUAAUGCGUACCUAAAUGUUUAUGACGCGCUCUGGUCGAUCGCCUUUGUGCUGGAUUCUUCUAGAUCAGAGAUAGAAAGACAAGGAAAAACUCUGGAGAAUCUGACAUACGGGGAUGCCAAUGUAACAGACGUGUUCCGGAAAGAGGCAGUAAAACUGAACUUUAAGAGCCCGAACAUAGGGACAAGUGUGAGAUAUUACAGCAAUGGAAACAGACGAAACGGAAUUGUCAUCAAACAAAUUGUAAUAAAAGAUGGUACUUUGAAGAUUGUAAAAGGUGGUACAUUUGACGUAGAAAACGAUAUCUUCACAGCGUCAACAGAAAUACACUGGUUUGCUGGGACUCCUUAUACCAAGACGACAGAGACGUACAUCUACCGUACAAUUGACGAGACGUUAUUUUUUGUUCUAAUUGCAUUCGCGUCGCUUGGAAUCGUUUAUGGCCUGCUCUGUCUCCUAACACUGGUGCUGAACUUCAAGAAGAAACUUGUACAAAAUUCUGGUCCUGUAAUUAGCCUUCUCAUCAUUCUGGGAUGUCUUCUGAAUUACGUCACCGUAAUUCUUUAUGGCUUUGACUACGUGCGCGUAUCCCCGGAUAUCGUCACACGCCUAUGUAGGGCUCGAUCCUGGACAUUCACCAUUGGUUUCACACUAUCUGUGGGAGGCCUGGCUGCUAAAUUGUGGAUGGCUUAUGGAGUGGUUAAAGAAAGAUUCGUUAGGAGUAGGAAAGUUAUGAUGUUUUGGAUGUUGGGAAUUCUCGUUCUUCUCUUAGUCAUUGAUAUCACAAUCUUAGGAUGCUGGGAGACCAAGGAUCCCUUAUACCGCAUCCUCAAACAAGUCCGUUCUCAGCCGGAGUACGAGUGUUUUCAGCCUAUCACCGCUGACACCUUUCGUGCCCAGAUUGAGGUUGUAGAGCAAUGUAACUGCGAAGAUUUGACCCUUUGGCUGGUCGUGAUUCUAACAUUCAAGGCGCUACUUGUGAUAGUUGGAGGAUUGCUGGCCUGGCAGACAAGGAAACUUUACAUUCCUGCGCUAAAUGACACCCAGCACUGCGUAUCAUGCAUGUUUGUGGUAGUGGCGUUCUGCAUAGUUGGUGUGAUUGUGGCUUUUACAACCACUUUGUACCCAAGCGUGUAUUACGGUGUACUUAGUGGCCUUGUAAUCUUUGCCACGACUCUAAUCCUUGCGCUGCUAUUCACAAACAAGAUCGUUCGUUUAUGCUGCAUAAGAACGGGAGGUAAAACUACAGUAGCUGGACAAUCGACAGAGUAUGACACCACUUGCGCCUGCGGUGCAGCCUGUGCAAAGUUCUGUUCAUGUUGUGCAUGUUCAUCCGCCUGUUGCAUCUUAUUUUGGUCUUGUUUCCCGUGCUGCAACUUAUUUACCUGCCUCCGGUCGUUUUUCUGUGGGUCCCAUGUACAUCUCUCCUCUGGGGAUAGGAAAGAAAGUGAAAAGGACUUUUACAUCGGAGGUCAACUUCAAGAUAAAGACGCAGAGAUAGUCUAUCUCAAAAAUGAGCUUCGCGAGAGAGACACUAUUCUAAGUAAUUUGCAACAGAAGCGCACAGUUAAGAGUAUCGCUAGCCAGACAAAAGAUGACGGUAGUAACUUCCUGGAUCAUGGUGAUGACUCUUACGACAGCACACUUGACGCAAGCGGAAGUGAUGCAGAGAGUUUACCGAGGACUGACGGAAGAAAGCGCUUCAGGCGCGCGGCAAAUAAAAUCCGAAUCUUUAACGAAGGAGCCGAUUACUCUCAUGUGAGAAGCAAGGUGAAUACCGGACUAAAAUCUUCCCUGGCUCCAAACACCCCGCAAGAAAGGAGGGGCUCACGAAUGUCAUUUUCUUCCCAGUCCAAUGAAGAAAUACGCAAACUCAAGACAUCAAUUGCAAAGAAAGAUGAUGAAAUAAACACAUUAAAGAAAGAGCUUGAAGCACUAAGAAAGCAAGGAUCUAAAGGGAAAUCUCUUCAAACAAAAUCUACACCAGAAAAGAAAUCAGGGGAAAAUUUCCAAAGAACGCAACGGAUUCUUUUGGUUGAGACACCAGCGACGCCUAUUCAUGAAGACAAAACUAUAUUUACUUUUCCUGUCGAGUCUUCGCGAUCCACGAGUCCUUCAAAAGUUCCGCCAGCAGGGUCCUCCAGUUCCUCAACUAUAAAGCCUUUGGUAACCCCGGGCCCCUCCAUUGUGAAACCUUCGAUGCCCCCCAGUUCCCCCACAGUGAUUAAGUCUUCGGUAGCCUCCAGUCCCUCUCCUGAGAAAUCAUUGGCGUCAAAAAGCCCCACCGCUGCCAAGUCAUCAGGGUCUCCCAGUCCGCACGGGACUAAGAACACAGUGUCUACCUCAGCGGUUAAGUCCGCGGAGUCUCUCACUACCUCUUCAGCAUCUCCGGCUCCCAGCUCGAACCGCAAUGGCAUUGACGAUAAUGUGUCUACCAAUGGAGUAGACUCCACAUCUGAGAAACCUUCAGAUAAACCUGAGACACAGACGCAGGAUAGGAAUAAUAAAAAGAACUCUGUCGGCGCUGGUGGAGCCUGGCUAUUUGAUGAUCAUUCCGAACCGACAGUGCCGGAGAAAAACACCAACAACCACCACUCAAAGGGCUCUGCUGACUCGGCCGCGAUAAGUGGUAACAGGCCAACAGUUCGUCGAGCUAACGUUUCCCCCAUUGAUGAAAAUGGCCCUGAUGAUGAUUUGAAAGCAUCCCUAACAAACGUGUCCAUAUCUGUUCCUCAAAAUGACGAAUCUGCUCCUGAAAACACGGCAAACGAUACAACAAAAGAAUUAAAGAGCACAGACAAAGAAGAAAGGAAUAGAAAAGGAGAUGACAAAAACGUAAAUGACCAUGACAAUGGUAUUGGGAAAAACAACAACCAAGCUCAAAGUUCUGGAAACGCAAUGCCAAAAGGUGAAUUAGCAAAGGAUGCAAGCUCUGCUGCAGAGAAAAACGAACCCGAAAACGCAAAAGUUAAGGAAGACGAGAGUCGAAGAACCAUUGAAAUGAUUGACGAAGAAGAAGACGACGAUGAAGAUGGUGAUGAAUAUGAGGACGAAGAAGAAGACGACGACGAUGUAGACGAGGAUAAUGAAGGUGCUGCUACUACUGGUAGAGUAGCAGGUGGCCGCAAUGGUGCCAGGAAGAGUAAGAAAAGGGGAAGACGCAAAAAGUUAGGAUACGGCAAAUUGAAAUGGGAUGCUGUAUCCAAAGUUGACACUGGUUCAGUUACACGCGCUCACGCGCCUAGGAAAAGUAUCAAGAGGAUUCCUCAAUUCAAAAACGAUUAUUCGCACGUGCAGUCGCGAAUAUCUUCAGUUAGUGACGGGAGCACUGGGGGAAAAGUUACAGAUAGUCCAAAUGCGAAGCGAAAACAGAGCGAGAACGAAGAGAAAAAAACCCAUAGAAGUCAAUCCUUGUACAGACCUCCACUUGAGUACAUUAAAGUACGUCCACGGUUAUACUAUGAAGGAAGGAGAUACAGCGAAAUGCCAAGACAUAGUACAAUGCCUUACAGCGUAAAGGAAUCUUCCCGAUGAUGCAGGGGACUAUGAGAUUAUGAACUAAGCUAUAACAGUCACAAACCGUAAAAGGAUUGCUAGGUUUAACGGGCAAUUCGAAGUCUUCUAGGAUCAGUGUUGGGGGCUCAGAUAAAGAAAGGUAUAUGUAUAAUCAGCAAUGCCAUUAGAAAUUUGAAUUUUUUUUAUGUACAAUAUGCAAGCUCAUAACGAGAAAACAUUUACAAGCCGUGAUCAAUUCUGUAACUUUU